AUGAUCUCCGCUUUAUAUAUGAUGAAUAGUAAGGGUGAAGUACUCAUAUCUAGACUAUUCAGACCAGAUAUAAAACGGUCAAUCAGUGAUAUAUUUAGAGUACAGGUUGUUUCCAAUCCAGAUGUACGCUCUCCGAUCAUAACACUUGGUUCAACUUCUUUCUUCCACGUUAGACAUAACAAUUUAUACAUAAUGGCUGUGACAAAAUGCAACGCCUUAGCUGCUCUUGUUUUUGAGUUUAUUUACAAGUUCAUUAAAGUAUGCACAAGUUACUUAGGAAAUCUCAUUGAAGAAUCUGUGAAGAAUAACUUCGUCUUGAUUUAUGAACUUUUAGAUGAAAUCUUAGACUUUGGUUACCCUCAAAACUCUGAAAUUGACGCUUUGAAAAUGUAUAUCACAACAGAAGGCGUUAAAUCUGAGCAAGCAAUACGUGAAGAUUCUUCAAAGAUUACUUCACAAGCUACAGGCGCAACUUCUUGGCGUAGAGCUGACGUCAAAUAUAGGAAGAAUGAAGCUUUCGUUGACGUAGUUGAAAAUGUUAAUUUAAUGAUGAGCGCACAAGGAAAUAUCCUAAGAGCAGACGUAGAUGGUCAAAUACUUAUGAGAGCUUACUUAUCUGGUAUGCCAGAAUGUAAAUUCGGUUUAAACGAUAAGUUAGUACUCGAAAGAAGUGAUAGAACUCGUAUAGUAGAUGAUAGCGCAUUAGGUGGUGCUGUUGAAUUGGACGAUUGUCAAUUUCAUCAAUGUGUUAGAUUAGGUAAAUUUGAUACAGAUCGUACAAUCUCUUUCAUCCCACCUGAUGGUGAAUUCGAAUUAAUGAGAUAUAGAUCAACACAUAAUGUUAAUUUACCUUUCAAAAUUUCAGCGGUUGUAAACGAAAUAGGUAGAUCUAGAGUUGAAUAUACGAUUCGUAUAAAAGCAAACUUUGGUAAUAAAUUAAGUGCAAACACUGUAAUCCUUCGUAUACCAACACCUUUAAAUACAACUGAGGUUAAAUGUAAUGCACCAAUGGGUAAAGCAAAGUAUGUACCAGACGAGAAUCACAUUGUUUGGAAGAUUCCCCGUAUGCAAGGCCAAACUGAAACCACACUCACUGCUAAUGCUGAAUUAACUUCAACAACUACGAGACAAGCUUGGUCACGCCCACCAAUCAAUGUUGAUUUCCAAGUUUUAAUGUAUACUUCAUCUGGUUUAUCAGUAAGAUUUUUAAAGGUCUUCGAAAAGUCAAAUUAUCAGUCUGUUAAAUGGGUUCGUUACCUCACAAAAUCACAAGGAUCUUAUCAAAUUAGAUUCUAAUUUAUACCAAUAUUAUGGAUCAAAUGUAAUAAUUUAUACUCUUACAAAAUAUAUCAAGUGUCC